CGAUCAUUUUUUAUGCUAACGUCAGUUUUCUCAAGUACCGAGUCGAUUACUGGCUGCGUGCUGAGCAGCGGCCUCUUUUUGUUUAUUUAUGCUUUCGGUCUGUGCAGUAGCUUAUGCACAAAGAGCAAGCGUUUUAUUGAUUUUGGCUGGAUAAAUGUUUCUUCGCUUCGAUAAACGCUGGUUGCACUGACCAAAAUUCCCGCCGUCACACUACGACAAGAUCCCCACUUCCCCAACUGCGAUUCGGAGUAAACAAUCCGCCCCCAGUGAAUCGAAUCACAACAGCACAAAGAGCCCUACGCUGGUUGGUGCUGGACCGGUCCAUCACUCAAAACCCAAGUCAGUCAUGGCUACAACCUCACAGCACCUGCCGUUGCGGCAGUCGCCAACGGCCACCACAGACGAUGGCCGCGUCCUGUCACCAUCCCAACUCCCACCCGUCCCGUCGUCUCCGGCCAUGAGCUAUGCCUCGACGGCCAACCCCCUCGCCGCAUAUCAGCUUCCGCCUCCGCCCCCGCCCCGCCAUCAGUCCCAUGCCACCAUGACAAAGGCCGAUCUCGAGGCUUCGCAGGUCGCCUACGCCGAUCUGAUCGCGUCCGCAAAAGCCUACAGACAAGCUCUGGCAGCUAUCGGCACCGCAGCCUCGGCCUUCGGCAGCGCCCUCGAGGCAUGUGCCCGGUUAAAAGAAGCUCGUGCCCCAGCCAUAUCACCAACCGCGAGCGGCGACGGCGGCGCCAACUCGAGUGGGAUGCCCCCGUCCAUGACCGCCUCAUUCAUAGCCCGCGCUCCCAACCAACUCUCGUCGUCUUGCACAGCCGACCAGCUCCUCGCCGCAGCCGGCCUGCAGCACCUGAUAGCGAACCACCACCAGAUCCUGGGCGAGACCAUAUACCGGUCCUUCGAGGUGCCGCUGCUCCAUGAGCUCGACAAGUGGCGCCACAGCGUCGAGGACGAGCAGGCGCGUUACACGGCCGCCGCCACGGCCCAGGGGCGCGAAAUCAGGCGGCUGGAGAAGGAAGGGGUCAAGAUGCACAAGACCCCGAAGCGUCGGGACGUCGCCCAGUUCCGCACACACCUCGUCGAGCUGACUGCAAAACUCGACGGCCUGACGACGCUGCACGCCGAUCACUCGCGUGCCCUGCUGCGCGACUGCCAGGACACCAGCGUCGGUGUCCUUGACGCCGCAUGCAGCAUCGCCCGCGCAGAGGUCGACAUCUUUGAGAGCCUCGCCCGCAAGGGCUGGACUGGCGGCGGGCUGGAGGACCUUUUGGAGCGUGGGACGGACCUGUUCGCCAGCGACGAGCCCAUCCCCAGCGCGGCGGACCUGCCCGUUCCCGCCGACUCCAGUAGGCUUUUCAGCAUCUUGCCGCCCAAAAGCAUACUUGCAGACUCGGCGAGUGAGACCACCCGGCCUGGCCAUCAUAGGGCUGAUAGCUUGUUGGUGGACCCGGACGAGACUCAUUACCAGAGUCUUGCGCGGGCGCUCUCGCCGACCAAGGGUGGGGCGGUUGGCAUCCGCAGCGGCGGCGGCGGCGUCGAUUCGGACAGUAUCUUCAACCAGCCUCGAGGCGCGAGGCCGUUCUCACCAGAGCCCAUACCAGUCGAUCCAGGCGAGCUGCCCAUGGGAGGCGGGAGCAGUGACCCCGGAGCAUCGGGGGACCACGAGGCUGAGACGAUUCGAACCGACUCAUCAUCUUCUCCAGUACAGCUCGAGGAGCCAACACCAAGGGCUUCCAGGAUGUUCAGGAUACUGCAUGACAAUUCCGAUAACGAUGACGCAGAUGAUGACAGUAGUGUGCACAAGAGCCCCUGGCGUGAUGAACGAUCACCAGCAGACAGUGCUUUCAAGAGGCCUCUGCCGCCGACGACUUUGCCUUCCCAUGGGUCUGAACAUGCUUGUGAUUAGGGUUAUGUCCUUUUUCUUGUUUUCUCUUAUACAGCUUUCUGUUCGUCGUUUGAUGAUGCUUUUUUUUCUGUACAACUACUAUCUUACAGUAUACCCCUUUAUUCUUACUUGGUUAGGUACUAGGGCUGCAGUGUGUUUUGCGGUACCACUAUUGACAAUACUCUUGCAGUCUCGUCAUAUUUUUGCUUGACCUAUUUAUGUAUAUCUCACUCCUUUGCUCAGGAUUGGGGGUCCUGCUACCUCUUGAGACCAACAGAUGGAAUUACCAUCAACAAGAGCUAACGGUAGGCUAGCCUGAUGUUUCCUGGUCACAUGUUUGCAGGUUUACCCCAUUGAGCAACAUGACCCAUUAUCGUUUUGGCGCAGUUACAAUACGUGCAGGUUCUUACGAUCAUGUUUUUAUGCACACGUUUUUAAUACACAGGAUAGUAAAUUCCGCUCAUGAGCUUGGACCAUGGUUCCGACAAAAUUAACCGCCAU